UCCGGAGUGAUGUUGGCAAUGACACGUGCCUUGUUUAUCUUCAUCUUUAUCCAGAUCGAUGUCACUUAUAAUCAAAAUAUUCUUCCCGAACACCAAAGACGUCACUGCAAUGCGUUGAAGACAAUGGAUAUCAUGGAAUAUGCUAUGCCCGAGAUACGACGCAUCCUACGGCAAGAUGCAGCAAAUCUCGAACGCAAACUCAAAGAAGAUUUCGGAAAUCUCGAACGCACCCUCAAAGAAGAUUUUGGAAAUCUCGAACGCACCCUCAAAGAAGAUUUCGGAAAUCUUGAACGCACACUGAAGGAAGAUUUUGGAAAUCUCCGAGAUCAAUAUGAACAAAGAUCGUUUCCGCUAAAAGGUAGUUUUGUACUGACCUGUCCUGCAGGCUGGGUGUACUAUAACUAUAGCUGUUACCUGUUUUCCAGCACUCGUACCACAUGGCGGGAUGGAAGGGGGGACUGCCAAUCUAAGGAGGCGUAUCUAGCGGAGAUCUUGAGCGAAGAGGAAAAUAACUUCGUCCAAUCAGAAUUGCGGAGAAUCAAAGAACCGGAGCCCCGGAUCUACUCCCUUGGAGGCACGGAUAUACACAGUGAGGGUGUCUGGCUCUGGGUAAGCACAGGAGAAAGGAUUGGAUUUACAGACUGGGGACCAAAGGAACCGAAUAAUCAGAAAGGGAAAGAACACUGUCUGACAAUAAAUGGAUUCUUGGACUAUAGGUGGAAUGAUGAUAAUUGUGCUAAUGAAUUCAACUGGAUAUGUGAAAGAAGUGUCGUUGUACAACCAUACCUGUGAAGAGAGAGAAAAAAGCUGGGAGAGGAUACUUCCGCUUUGUUUUCGUAUUCCAACACAUUCACAUACUCCUUCAUCAACGUGUUGAUAUCAAUUUAAGGCGUCGUUCAAAUAGGAAUGAAUUAAACAAAUAUACAACAAUGUCUUUGUAAAUCUUAAACAAAAGGCUGUAACUCUUUACGAUAUUCUUUCAACUGCAAAUUUCAACGUCAAUCAAAGAAAAUCGGGAUUAAACUUAAAAUCUAAAACAAACGAA